AUGAAUCCAGUCUUUUUACUUCUAUACCUUAGCGUGCUUUUAAAAUUAAAAAUCAAAAGUAAAAGAACAAUCAAGAAGACACUUAAAGUGAAAUGCAUACGUUUGCGCAACCAUUUAGAGAAAAAAUAUUUCGUAGGAAUCAAGUUGCAUAAGAUAAAAAAUGAAAAAAAAUGUAAAAUGACGCUACAUAGUGUCGAAGAAAUAGCACAUGAGGCCGACCAGAUAAGCACCACUAAUCCACCUGACCAGAUAAGCAUCGCAAAUUCACCUGACCAGAUAAGCAUCGCAAAUUCACCUGACCAGAUAAGCAGCGCAAAUUCACCUGACCAGAUAAGCAGCGCAAAUUCACCUGACCAGAUAAGCAGCGCAAAUUCACCUGACCAGCCAAGCCAAAGAGGAAUUCAAAACCGCGCGAAAUUGACAAACUUAAUUUUAAUCAUUGACUAUGAUGGGACAAAUUACAGCGGAUGGACAGGUCUGGAAAACGAAAGCGAAAUUUAUUUAAAUGCAACGAAAAAUUAUAAGCAUAUAACGAGUGAGAAGAAAAAAAAUGAGAAAUCAAAAUAUAAGAAUACAGUGCAAAACACUAUACUAAAUUGCAUACUAAGAAUACAUGGCUAUGGAAAUGAUUUGAACAAAUUUAAUGAAGAUAUUUCCACUCAUUUAAAACCGUUCGAUUUUAUAGGUGUAAGUAGAACGGAUAAGGGAGUUCAUGCAAAAGAGUAUGUGUGUCAAUACAUAUCAUAUGAGAAAACUCCUCCAUGUGAAGGAAAUAUGAGUAAAAUAAAGAAAGCAUUAAAUAGCUUACUAAAUAAAGAUAUAAAAAUAAUAGGUGUCUUAAAUGCACCAUUUCACGAUUUCAAUGUAAGAUAUAAUAAUUGUGGAAAAAUAUAUACAUACAAUUUUGAUGUUCGAAUUCCUAGCCAACCCUUAGAAAGGAAUUAUGCAUGGCAACUGUAUGACGAUCCCAGAUUUUCCUUUCUUCUAAGGGGGAAGAAAGCAAAAAAGAGAAAAAUAAAGAAAGAAGAAGUGGAAGAAGCAGACGUGGAAGAAGCAGGAGUGGAAGAAGCAGGAGUGGAAGAAGCAGGAGUGGAAGAAGCAGACGUGCAUGAAUCAGACGUGCAAGAAGCAGACGUGCAUGAAGCAGACGUGCAAGAAGCAGACGUGCAUGAAGCAGACGUGCAUGAAGCAGACGUGCAAGAAGCAGACGUGCAUGAAGCAGAAGUGGAAGAGCAAAAAAAGAGUCAUAAUAAGGAGGGGAACUCUUUCAAUUCUGGCACAACUGAACAGACAUGUAAACAUAAUAAUAAAAACACAAACGGAUCUUCUAUUAUAUCUCCUUGUGAAAAACAAAAUGUAAUUUUCCAUUCUGAUAACAAUAUCAUUGUUCAAGAUGAUUCAUUUAACCAUGUUUGUGGUGAAAAAAUAUCUUCAACCAUUAGCGAUACUUCAAAUGACAAAACUGUGAACAAGACAUCGAAUACUCAUGCACAGAAGGAUGAUGUGUUGUCUCCAAAUUUACAAAACCAUCGGAAGGCAACCAGCACGAACUAUGAAAAAAAUUCUUACCAUUCAGGCAAAAAAACUCUUACGCUUGAGGAAUAUAUUUAUGAAAAGAUGACUUGUUGCAAUUCGAAUGAGAAGAGAGAAGAGCUCCCUUGUAGUGAUAGUGAGGAUGAUGCAGGAGAAAAAACGAGAAAGAAAAACAAAGGGGAUGUGACUCAUUGUUUGAACAUCAUAAAAGGCAAAGGGGGAAAAAAAUUGACAAUAUCAUGUGAUAUAGAUAAAAUAAAAAAGUGCUCCAAAUUAUUCAUAGGUUAUCACAACUUCGAAUGCUUUCGAGGAACACUAAAAGGGACUGAAAAAUUGAAAAAAAUUAAUACUUUCUGUAAUAUUUAUUUUCUGGAUUUAUACGAAUUAAAAAGUAAUAUUUAUCAGUUUGUCAUUCAGGGAGACAGAUUUCUCUAUCACAUGAUUAGAAUAAUUGUUGGUACUCUCCUUCAGGUCGGGGUUGGUCUUUUACAAUUUCAGGACGUGUGGGAAGCGUUAUAUCUUAGCAAGCCCCUCAAGGUGAAAUUAUGUGCACCACCCCAUGGCCUCUGCCUCUCCAAAAUUUUGUUCUGCACGGAUGUUCAGGAGAGAAUUUCCACAGCUCUGCUGUCUCAUUAG